UACGCCUUACUUCAAAGCCCUUUCAAGGGAUAUGCUGGGAAAUUGCUGCAUCGAGAACCGGCUGGAAACAUCAAGAGCACAAGGCAGAACCGGGAAGGAGAAGGAGGGAGACAGUCUCCCAGGUCCAGCCUUGGGGAAUUUGGGAGCAUUUCGCCGCAGGUCUGGCGUGACGCAGGCAGAGCCUGUUAGUUGGUAAGCACCGACUUAACACCGCGAGAAAGAAAUGUUUACAUUUAACGGAGUCAUGGGGAAAGCAUUAACUGGAAUGAAUGCAGAGAGAGGAGGCCUGCUUAACGCUCGGAAAACGAACCAUAAACAGAAGCUGUACCAGCGGGAUUUACGGUAUAACGGAGAGCCAGCAGGUUGGGAACGAUUAUCCUGGCUUUCCUCACGUUUGCAUCUAGCUGAGAGCUCAGGGCAGCCAUUUUCACAGGGGAGCUGGGAAUUCAAGCGCCGUGUGAGUGCUGGAGGAGAGAACAGAAACCAGUCCUGGAGCUGGCUGGGAAUGAGAGGACUGGAAUGUUGGUCCCUCUUUGCACGCGGGUUUGGAAGCCACAGGGACUCGGGGAAGCAUUUGUGCUUUCGAUCUGCAGGAUCGAGGAGUCUGCAAGGACUCCUCCCAAGCCAGGCAGUCCUUGGGGUGUGCUGGAGGUGGAUGAACUCCAGGGAUGGGGAAAACCCUUUACCCAGGAGGUCAACCAAACUUGGCAUGGGGUCUCUGAGAGUUCACUCGGUGGAUCUGAAUUCCCAGCUAGAAGACCAAGAGGAGGAAACUGAAAUUGCUCAGGCUGCAGAAGCGCGGCGGAAUUUUCGUUUAGAAACACUGUGUUCUGAAAUAGACAUAUCAGGAACUGAGCAGAGUAUGUUGCAGUAGGUCUUUUCUAGCGGUAAGAUGUAAAUCUCCGGGUAAGAGGAGAACCAGUUUUCCAUCAUUUUAAGCUACCUUCUUAGAAUAAAGAUGUUAUCACUAAACCAAGAAAAGAGGAAGCCUACAACACCACUACGUGCUCCAGGAGAUACGUAAAUUCUCUGACACCUUUAUGCAAAUCAUAAUUUUAUUGUGGCUAUAGUUCGUUAUGGUGUGUCCUAAAACACAGUGUGCUGGCAGCAUACAUGCUUCUUUUUUCCAGUUAUACACAUCCAUUUUAUUGUUGUGACCCAACAGAAAAUACCAGCAUCCAUCCAAAAUCCAGUGGGGCACGGUUAUGUAGAAGCAAAACCACCUUCGUCUCUCGGACGUGCGAAGAGCUGAGCAGGAGCACUGGCAAGGGCACAAAGCAAAUGGAUUCCAGGUAUAACUGUUAUUUUUGCAUGGCACGAAUGAGGAGAGAAGCAACAUUCCAACAUAUCUACCACUGUACUUGACCUAUGUUUGAUUUUACAUCAAUCCUCUGUGCUGGUGAGAAUGAUAGCAACUCAAGAGAUGGACAUGGACAUGUCCCUGAAAGGGAAGAAAGGAAGAAAGAGCUGACCUGGUAUUUCAUGUUAGUCUUUUCAAUUCUAUUACCCUUCCAAGACAUAAGAGCGGUAAGAAGAAAUCUCAAAAGAUGGCUACACUCGCACGAAGUCCUAAUAGCUAAAAAUGUAGUUAAAAUUCUGUAAAUUCAACCUCGGUUACUACAUUCUCCUACUGACACAGUCACGAAGUUUUUAUUUUAAAACAAAUGAAGGCAUUGGCGAAUUUCUAGGACUUCACCUGGUGAGUAUUGCUGGAGAGUGGCAGCCCUUUUAUCGAACAAAAAAUAAAGGGGAAACACCUAGGAAAUUAAAGGAAAGGUGUGAAAACCAAGGAGGUCGGGAUACUUUACGUAUAUACUAAAAAAUAGCGCACCAGAGGUACAUGGCGUUGGCCUUUCCCCGAGCUCACCGCUGGCUCCCUUGUGGUUUCUGGUUGAACCUCUUGUGAUUUACACUUGAAUGGUUCCGUUAAUUGUGUCUUUAGAUCCCGGGUCCUUGCUAUCAUCCCCUUUAGCUCCUGCUCAUUAGCUUUUGAGUGUCUGGGGGUUUAAUUUAUGAGCUCUCCACAGGGAGAGGAGUUCAGGAUUGACAUCUGAGUAGAGGAACCUUUAAAGUAUUUCUAAACCUGUGGGGUAACAGGGGAGGAGAAAGGACUGUGUACUGUCUUAUGAAGACAGGCGGAGAGAGUUGGAGUUGUUCGGCCUGGAGAAGUCAUCCCCGGGGAGAGCUUAGAGCAGCUUCCAGUGCCCAAAGGGUCCUACAAGAAAUCUGGAGAAUAGCUUUUUAUAAGUGCGAGUAAAGAUAGGACAAGGGGUAAUGGCUUUAAAGAGGGAAAAUUUAGACUAGAUACUAGGAAAAAAAUCUUCACUGUGAAGGUGGUGAGACACUGCCGCAGGUUGCCCAGAGAAGCUGUAGCUGCCCCAUCCCUGGCAGUGUUCAAGGCCAGGUUGGACGGGGCUUGGAGCAACAUGGUCUAGUGGAAGGUGUCCCUGCCCGUGGCAGGAGGUUGGAACUGGAAGAGCUUGAAGGUCUGUUCCAACACAAACCAGUCUGGGAUUCUGUGAUACCUCCAAAACAGCAAAGCAGGUUGCAACAUUUCCAUGUCUGUGUACGGCUGGGGACAUUUUUCAUUAAUGUGUUGUACAGUGAUACACUUAUCGUGAGUGCAAGUGUCAGCAGUUUGCAAAGGGUGGGGGGAGAAAAACGCUUUUCACACAGAAAAGCGUUAAAGUUUUGUGCCCUUUGUGCGAGGUGUGAUACACAAAGUGAAGAAGCAUUACGAUGGUGUGUCCUAGAGCAGCAUGAUCAUUCUAGAGUGAUGGUGAGCUGGGGUGAUGGAGAAGCACUUACUUUCGGGAAUCCUGGUCCUGUCAUCUUUCUGGCACCAGCUCGCAUAUUCUUCUCCGAGCCGCCCCACUUGCCAACUGCCCUGCUGAUUACCACGAGGAGAAGAGAAGGAAAAUCCCACAACACACCCUGUGGAAGUGGCAGACCUUGCUAUAGCUGCACCACACAGAGGAAACCCAAAAGCUCCGUAUGAACAGUUUGUGGGUGUGAGCUGGGAAAGUGAUACCCAGAGCAUGCAGGGAAGAAGCCGGCUUCCAAGCGAGGAGUGCAUUUACACUGCGCCCGUUGGCUUCGGUUUGGCAGGGAGGGUACAGAAUUAAGCAACAAGCUCGGAACCAGCAGGUCUGCCUCGAGUAGGGCAGAGGGACGGACUAUUCCCCCUUACGACGCUGGGUGGGGAUGUUGCCCACGGACCAGCAGGUUCCUCUGCCCACCCGGGGUUUGCAGGCACAGGGAGACAAAAAAAGCCGGAGGAGCUGCUCGGGAAGGGCUGCGCGGCGCGGAGCUGGCGUGCGCGGAGGCUUUCAGAUGCCACAACCCCGGGAUUCCUGACAAACACUGCUCUGCCUCGGACGCUGCUUAAAAAUGCUGGGAAUCACGGAAGACAGUGGAUGGCUUUUCUGGAGAGUAAUGGCGUGUGGGAGAGUGAACAGAGACAGCAAGAGGCAAGUGAUCUUGUUUUUUCUGUGCUUUUGCGUGUGUCGGAGCGGGGCCGAAACCCUCCGCUAUUCUCUGCCGGAGGAAAUGGAGAGAGACUCCUUUGUCGCCAAUAUUGCAAAGGACCUGGGGGUUUCUCCGAGCCAGCUUGUGUCUCGCAAUGCCCGUGUUGUGUCAGAGGGGAACGAGCAGCUUUUCCUCCUUAAUCAAAACACGGAAGUCCUGACGGCAAAGGAGUCUCUGGACCGAGAGGAGAUCUGUCCGCAGAGGGACACCUGCAUGCUCGUCUUUAAGAUAUUCCUUGAAAAUCCGCUGCAGCUGAUCCGAGGGGAGGUGGAGAUUCGUGAUGUGAACGACAACUCGCCCGCGUUCCCGGAGAAGGAGAUGGUUUUAGAGAUACCGGAAACGGCACCCCCUGGGUCCCGUUUCCCUCUGGAAAGCGCCCAAGACAUGGACGUGGGCAGUAACGGUUUGCAGAACUACAGCCUUGGAUCAAAUUCGCAUUUCUCCCUCGCUCUGAAAACAGGGAAAAAUGGAAUGAAAUAUGCGGAGCUCGUCCUACAGCGCCAGCUGGACCGCGAAGAGCAGCGAGAGAUGAAUUUACUUAUCACGGCCACCGACGGGGGCUCGCCACCCAGGCUGGGGACGGCUCAGGUCCGGAUCGUGGUGGUGGAUGCCAACGACAACAUCCCGGUCUUCGGACAGGAGGUCUACGAGGUACGCCUGGCCGAGAACAGUCCUCCGGAGCAGCUGGUGGUCAGAGUGACAGCAGCAGAUCUCGACGAAGGGUCCUACGGGAAAGUGCGGUACACCUUCACUCAGACACCGGAACGAUCUCGGCAGCUCUUCGAGCUGAAUCCAGCCACCGGGGAGAUACGGGUGGCGGGCAACCUGGAUUUCGAGGAAGCGAAAACCCACGAGAUGGUGGUGAAAGCCACUGACGGCGGGGGGCUGUCGGCGCACUGCAAAGUGCAGGUGGAGGUCCUGGACGUGAACGACAACCCUCCGGAGAUCGCGCUCACUUCCCUCACAGCCUCCAUCCCCGAGGCCGCCCCGCCCCGCACAGUGGUAGCCCUGUUCAGUGUGCGGGACCGGGACUCCGGGGACAACGGCAGGACAGAGUGCUCGAUUGAAGGGGACUUGCCUUUCAGUCUCACCCCGACUUUUGAUAAUUACUACGAACUGAGAACGAGCGCGGCCCUGGACAGGGAGAGGACAGCGGAAUACAACGUCACCGUCACAGCCAUGGACUGGGGCACGACGCGGCUCAGCUCUCGGAAAAAUCUCUUUGUGCAGAUAUUGGACGUGAACGACAAUUCCCCAGAGUUCACCCAGGAGGUUUACACCAUGUCGGUCACGGAGAACAACAGCCCCAUGCUUCGGAUAGGCAGCGUGAACGCCACGGAUGCCGACGCGGGAAACAACGCCCGCAUAAACUAUGCGCUGGUGCAGCAGGAGGGCAAUGAGCAGCCAGUCGUGUCGGUCAACUCUGAAAACGGGGAUGUUUAUAUCCUCCGCCCGAUGGACUACGAGGAGGUGGGCACCUUCGAGGUGGCGGUGCGCGCUACCGACGGCGGGUCGCCGCCGCUCAGCGCCCAGACGGUGCUGCGCGUGGUGGUGCUGGACGAGAAUGACAACGCGCCCGUCGUGCUGCACCCGCCCCCCGACGGCAGCGCGGCGACGGGCGAGCUGGUACUGCGCUGGGCGCGGGCGGGAUACCUGGUGGCCAAGGUGGUGGCGGUGGACGCGGACGCGGGGCAGAACGCGUGGCUGUCAUACGAGCUGGCAAAGGCGACGGAGUCGGGGCUGUUCCGCGUGGGGCUGCACAGCGGCGAGGUGCGCACGGCGCGGGCAGUGUCAGAGAGGGACGCGUCCCGGCAGAGGCUGGUGCGGGACCGGGGGCAGCCGCCGCGCUCCGCCACCGCCACCCUCGGCAUCACCCUCGUGGACGGCUUCUCCGACGCCCAUUUGCGAGUGAGCGAGGAGGUGCCAGCCUCUGAGCCUGACGGGCCGCUGACUCUGUACCUCAUUGCCUCCCUAGCCUGCGUGUCGGCGCUGUUCCUGGCCACCGCGGUGGCCGCCGUGGCGGUGAAGCUGCGGCGGGCCAGGCAGAGUGAGGCGGAGUCCUUGCCCACGUUUCCGAAGGCUGCCACAGAUAGCAACGCUGGCUCCUUGCCCCGCAGCUACCUGUACGACGUCUGCUUCGCCGCCGGCACCGUCAACAGCGAGUUUCGGUUCCUCAGGCCCCUCUUGCCCUGCUUCCCCGCCGGGCUGCCCGCCGGCCCUGGCGAACAGCGGAGCUCGGUGUGCUCGCAAGAUGCGGCUAUCCCCGGAGAAGGUGGCGACUGGUCAGCACAGGGCAGAGCUCCUCCCCCCGAAGGUAUGGGUCCCAGCCCCGCAGAAGCAGCCUGCACUGCGAACAGGGGGAUGGAGCUAAAUGUCAGUUCUGAUCAAAACCGCUGGCUCACACAGCAGUAAGUGAAGAGAAAGACAAGCACUCCUGUCCUCACUGAUGAACGUCCUCAGAGUGAAAAGGGAAUAAAGGGACCAAACACCCAGCAAAAAGUACCAGGGAGGUACAAAGCUUUCCUGUGUGAGCAAAACCACUCUUUUGAGCAGUUCUUUAUUCAUGUAGGUAUUUUGUAAUCAUGAUAUGGAUGAAGGAGGAGGACUACGUCGUAUUUUGAUUACACUGAGACUUGAUAUAUGAUUGCAAGAGUGCUAUUGCUUCUAAAUGUUAAGGGAAAUACUGAAAACUGGAAGCAGGUCUUCAAGAUAACUUUUUCCCACAUCA